AUGGCAGUACAGGCAGCUCAGCGAGGUCGGCUUGUUGCAGUUAUUGGUGAUGAAGUGAAUGGUUAUGCGAGAGCAAGAUUUAAACAGGAUAUUGGUAUCAUGUCACGCUACUUGCAAACCCCAAAUACCAGCAUCAAUGAGAUAGAAGAAUGUUUCAAGGGUUUCCUCACCAGAUCAGACAUUGCUAUUAUUUUGAUAAAUCAGAAUAUAGCGGAACUCAUUCGUCAUGUCAUUGAUCAGCAUACAAUACCCAUUCCGUCUGUUUUAGAGAUUCCAUCUAAAGAUAGUCCGUAUGAUCCAAGUAAAGAUUCAAUUCUCCGGCGAGCUAAGGGUAUGUUCAAUGCAGAAGAUUUCCGGUAAAACAAAUAUAACUAGAAGAUAAGAUAUAGAGAUUGUAAAUUUAAAUAUUCAAUGUAUUCACAAAUUUCCAAAGGUAAUGUUGAUCUGAUUGGAGGGCUUAUUUGUGAAAUAAACGUCGCUGCAGCGGGAGCCCAAAAAAA